UUUUAUCUUUCGUUUUGUGUCUAAAUGUAUCCAAUUCGUCUUUCUUCGAUCCUGCCUUAAAGUUUCUUUGCCUUUGUCAACUAGUACAUUGGUAGCUUCACUUGAUGACUUCCCAGAGGCUUGUCCCUGAUGUAGAAAAACAAAACAAAAAGAUGCGUUUUGUUCAUCAUUGCUUCAAUAAUAACAGACUGAAAAAAAAAAUCCAAUAUUUUAUUUUUAUUAUGUAAACAUCGUCAGCAAUCUAAGUGUAGCAUCUUCAUCUAAUCUAGCACUGCGUCAUAUGCCCUUUCAAUGCCAGAAGAGCGGAACGUGGACUCGUGGUCGUGGGUGGCUGGUGAACCAUUGCAGCCAUCACUUCAAACAUUUACAGUAAUGGCAAGUGAUGAUGCUCACCAUUCAACAAGCCAUACUAGUAACCCUCCUAUAAGUAACAAUGGACAACCCACCACUUCACGUGCUGGGCCCAGCACGCCAAGCAAUUGCCAUGAUACCUACCCUCCCCCAUAUGACUGGCAAGUUACUAAAACCACUCUUUGUGAACGUGGUCAGCAUCUUUUGGAAACAGGACAAUGGAGUGAUUGCAAGUUCAUUGUUGGAACCGAGCCGCACCAACAAGCUAUUGAAGGCCACAAAGUUUUUUUAGCCAUGUCAAGCCCAGUGUUUGAAGCAAUGUUUUUUGGUGGUAUGGCUGAAAAAGAUGGUCCUAUUCACAUUUUUGAUGUUCAGCCAGAAGGGUUCAAGGCAUUGUUGGAGUAUAUUUAUUCUGACAAAAUUAGCCUCCGUUCAUUUGAUCAAGCAUGUGAGCUUUGCUAUGUAGCCAAAAAGUACAUGCUUCCUCAUCUUGUUCGUGAGUGUACAAAGUACAUUUGGAAAGAUAUCUGUCCUAAUAAUGCAUGCAGAGCUUUUGAGUUUGCAAAACUUUUUGAAGAGCCAGAACUUAUGGAAAAAUCAUUGGAGGUAAUAAGCAAUCAAACAAAAGAGGUAUUAGCAGAGCCUUCAUUUGAGGAAGUUGAAAUAACCACAGUUCAGGCUGUGCUGGACCAAGAUGAAUUAAACAUUGAUUCAGAGCUGGAACUCUUUGAUGCCCUUCAAAGAUGGGCUGUCAGAGAAUGUGCUCGAAAGGGUCUAUCUGCAUCAGAUGGAAAAUCUUUGCGGUCUGUACUUCAUGGAACUGUUGGGAAAAUACGUUUUUUAACCCUAUCACCAUCACAGUUCGCGGAACGCCCUGCUGUGUCGCAGCUCCUUUCGCAGGAUGAGGCUUUUGCUAUCCUCAUGAACAUUUCGAGUCCAACACUAGCUCUGUCGCUACCAGAUGGUUUCACAUCUUCACGAAUUUCGCGUAAAAAAUUACCUAUGCCAGAACCUGAACCUGAUCAGGAACCGUUUCGAGGCGGAACACUAUUUGGUGCCAGUACCUCCUCUCAUGUUGCUUUACCAAAAAUGUAUUGUAUUCGCAGUCCCCUGCCUGUUCAACAACCUCCGCCUAUCCAUCACAGUACAAUUUUGGACAGCACAGUGACAUUUACAGUAGAUCGAGACAUUUGCAUUUUGGGAGCUCAGGUUCCUACUCAAUGUGAACCUGUUGAUGGUUGUUACACACGAGCAGAAAAGUCAAGCUACAAUGAGUUGCUAUAUGCUCAUCUCUUGGACUCAAAUGGAUCCCGACUAACAUACACACAUUACACAUCUCGAGUUGCAUACGGCACUUUUGUGGAAAUUUCUUUUAACAGACACAUUUUUAUACAGCGCAAUAAAGUGUAUCGGGUAGGUGUUGUUCUCAACAAAGGGGGGUCUUAUCCAGCUGGGGUCUAUGCUGAGACUGCUCUCUGUGAUGGUGUUUUAUUUAAGUUCAAUGUCGGCAAUCCCAUGGAUUCUAUACGUGAUGGUCUUAUUCAUUCAAUUGUUUUCAGACAUGUGUAGUCUGCUUCUAAUUUAUUGUCAUUUUUCUAUGUGCUGAAUGAAAUCAAAGUUGCAUUGUGUCUUCCAUAUAAUCUUGUUUGGUUUGGAUGAAUUUUUCAGUAAAUUAAUUU